GAGACAUUAAUCAACUCUACACGUUUCUGUCAAGAAGGGUAAAGCUUAUGUGAGCAGCAUCUUGGUUCUUUAGGUUGGUUCUUUUGGGCUCUGAUAAUUCACUCGGGAAACCGAUUGACAGGAAAAGUACGCUAAAUACUGAACAUCUUGAACGUACUUAAGUGCUUUUUCCUUUUUGGAAAGUUAUUAGACUCUGUCUUAUACCGUCAGUAAAAGGUGUUGGACAAAAUGACAUCAAAACGGUAGAAGGAACUUUACGUUGAUGACUGACCGAUAGUUUCAACGAUACUAAACACUGGAACGGAACAGAAAAGAUCCUGAUAACUAAAAUACGCCGAAGUGUUUGCGGAUAUAUCACAUCAAUUGGAAAUUUCGUUUGUACAGCCAUCCUUUGUUGACAGCUGAGACUCCGUAGAUCGAGCUGAUGAGAAAAAGGCACAGCGAAGGAAAGGGAUAUAAAUACAGGAAAAAUUACAAAACUCUGACACGUGAGUCAUGGCAUUUGAGAUAAUCGUAACAACAAUACUCCUCAUAUUCUGCUCAGUGGAUAUCGUGGGGAAUUCUCUUGUUUGUGCGAUAAUAUGGAAAAAUAGAAAUCUCAGGGCCCCCAUUCAUAUUCUCCUUUUUAACCUUGCUGUGGCGGAUGGUGUCUUUGCAUUGCUUAUUACUCCAAAACUUAUUGUGAGUCUCAAUAUAAAGCACCCAGAGGGGGUGGCUGGUACAGUUUUAUGCCGGGUGAUAACUGGUGGAGCUUUCGCAUGGUAUGCAGCAAUAUGUGCCAUAUUCACUCUGGUUGCAAUUGCCGUCGAAAGAUAUUUUGCAGUCCAUGAUCCGUACGGCAAGAGAUGGAAUCUCUCGAAACGGAAAUUAAAGGUGAUGAUAACAGCCUUCUGGGUCGGCGCCGGGAUAGUUUGCAUCCCUAACACCAUGUACAUGAAGCUCAAUGAUGGUCGUUGUUAUGAAAACUUUCCUGAAGAGUGGACCAACACUGCUUAUACUUUGUGGAUCACCAUCCUAGUAUUCGUUGCAUUGUUAUUGAUGGUAAUACUGUACUCCAGAGUAGUGCGUACGUUAUGGUUUAAACCAAAUAUCGUUGCCAAUCCUGUGUCGUCUCAGCAAAAGGGUGUAGAGAAAGUCCGCAAACGGGUCACCUUAAUGGCUGUGAUUGUCAGUGUCAUAUUUGGAGUCUGUUGGGGCACAAUCCAGGUUCUCUACACCUUGCAUAGCCUCAAGGUUUUUCAGUUGAGUCCUGUCGUUAUCGCAAUUUCCAACAUUCUGGUAUUGUUUAAUUCUACCAUCAAUCCCUUUGUGUAUGCCCUGCUCAGCGAAAACUUCAGACAGAAACUCAAAGGAAUGGUUCCACGCCCAAAGGCUACUACUGUUCAUGCCACAACGGAGCUUCAGAACAUCGAAGUUCGCAUUGCAACAGAUAAAUCAAACAUCCCUGAUGCUUCGACCAACACAUCGACAUCCGCUAGCCAGGAGUGAAAAAAAAAACUUUUUCAAGUAGUGCUUUCAUCAAAACUGAGCACGUUAUAAGUAUAUUUUAAAAACUGGCACUUAGGAAAUUAAUCGUCUUUUUUGUUUGUUCGUUUCGUUUUGUUUUGUUUUUUUUUUGCGGAAAGCUUUACUAAUCGUUAAAAUUAAGAAUAUGCAAUCAGAUAGAACGUUUUAAGUUUAUUUUAAAAACUGGCACUUAGAAUAGUUUUGUUUUUUCCGCGGGAAGCCUUACUAAUCGAUUAAUUUUUAAUUUAAGAAUAUCUAUGACCAAAAGAAAAUAAGUCUCCAAGUAAUGUGAGCAUUAAUUUCUCUGGAUAUAUGAUAACACAAGAUAAAUCAUAAGAAACUAUAAUUAACUUUGAUGUGUCCUUUGAAGACGGCGUUGUAAAAAAAAAAAUGUUGUGUGGUGAUGGAUUCAUACAGAUUUUUUACCCAUUAAAUGAUGUUUAGGUUA